AUGCCCUUCGACAACAGAGCCUCCCCAUCCACGUCGGCUACAGUCUGGACGCACGACUCGGCCGACAUUCCUUCCAUAUCAUCUGUCUCUGCUGCAUCGAGUGGCAGUGGCAGUACCACUCCCUCCAGAUCCACCACCCCAAAGCCUCGCGAAUCUUCAAUAUCAACAUCAACAACCCCCUCGGCACCACCGACAAGAAAGAUACACCCCAAGCGAGCUCUGUCCUCGACCAGCACGCCAAUUCCUUCAAGAGAUCCUUCUCCCGUUCGACAAGCCGUAAGGCCAAGUGUAUCGACCCGUCACACAGGCCCGGGGAGAUCAAGGAAGAAUAGCUCGCAAGACGUCAGUCCGUCACGCUCCUCAAGCACCACAAACCCACCUUCCGCGGCCGCCACCCAGAGAGCAUUGUCUGCUGCAUCCAUCCCAACUCUAUACCCAAAUUUAUCAGAGCCCAUAAUACGUGCUCCAAUUCCUCAAAAACCUUCCGUGACAUCAGAGCUGACGGAUACCCCUCGCUGGCCGAUAUCCCCAAGACUUCGCUCCCCUCCUCUUAACAAAUCAACGGCCACUACUCCACGGAAGAUUGAUCAAGAACCUCCAGUGAUCAAUGUACAGCGCGCUGACCAACCGACGGACCAGUCGUCAGAGAAACCAACAUCGAACGACAACGACGCGGAGGAUUCUCUGACGGUGCCAGGCAUGCGAACGCCAGCAAGGGGACCCAGCGGUGCCAGCGGGGUCGGCUCCACACUGGAGACGGUGCAGGAGAUGCAAUCGAAAUCUGAAGACGAAUCACUAGAAAGAGUGGGAAGGCCAACAGAUCAGGACGGCGCCAUCAAGUCGAGUAAACAAAAGGCCAAUGCCACCGCCAGCGAGAGUGGCAGUGAGAGUGGUGGAAAAGGCGAAAUCAAGAUGAGAACGACUUCAGCUACAGCGGCAACAGGCUUACGACCCAGUGCUCCAGCGGUAAAGCCAUUUGGAACGACGGGUGGUGCCAAUAAAGUAAAGACUGCUGGGGAAGGGUCUACCAGAAAUAUGACGGUGGAAACCGAAGUGGUGAGCUCGGUAGUACCACAAGUGGCCAUUGAACGGCCAGCAGGCAAUGGCAGUAUCCGACAGAAACCAAGUACCGAGACCAUACGACCGAAGAAGGAGAAGAAGAAGACGACCCGCAAGGCUCCAUCAGUUACUUCAGGCACGGGUGAGCACGCAAAUUCAUCAAGACCCAGACUGCACCAUCAUCCUUCUAUCCGAGAUUUUUCUUAUUCUGCGGCGACUGCUGCUCGGCCAUCUGAAAGGGUGUACGGUCAAGGCCCGUAUUCGCCUUCGAGCAGUAGUGGCGCAACAAGUCCUGAGCGGCAGUUCAUACCGUCAAACCGCAGACCAAGUUUAAGUAUUCACAGUGUAAGCUCUAUGCUAACUAGAAGUCGCCCAGCCUCUUCAAAAGCAGAUAUCUUCGAAGCCAAAGUCGCCAGCGCGGUCGAUGAGGCAAACUCGUCCGAUUCGGAAGAAACCUUUGUCUACGAAUCGAACCCUCCAGAACCCCCAGAACAAAAGCGGCGGUACCACUCGCGAACGCCAAGUGCGACCUCGAUGGUCAGCCAGAUUGAUCACCAACGAUUAGGUCCGAGACUGAACCCCGAAGGAGUUCACAGUGUGGCAAUGAAGAAGAGUAUGAAAUUUGCAAAUUCCUUUAACGCCAAUGGUCCAGAUUCUACCACCGGAGAAGAUGACGGAAAGGGGACGGUACGAAGUAACAUGGGGACCGGAAGAGGAACAACGCAUCAUCAUCAUCACAUUGGCCGGUGGGGACGAAAUGGAGGAAAUGGCCACGCCUCUCUCUUUGAUAACGAAUCUCCUUUUCCAAACGCAGCAAAAUCAAAAUUUGCAGGAACGUCUCCUAGACACGCCUCGCAACCAACAAGCCCGAGAUUAUCAAAUGCUUCGAGAUUGGGGGCAGGGGGUCUCGGCAAGAAGUCUUCUCCCAUGUCAGCCGGUUAUGAUUUGGACGACGCUGCCGAUGACGAACGUACCCCAUUGAUCGCAAGCAUACGCUCUGGAAGAUCUGGAAGGGGGCGACGUCCCAAUGCAGCAUCAAUUCGACAGCUCGAGCAUCAAGCUUCCCGGCAUAAUCGAUCAUUGCUUGCUCAGUUCACUGGGUGGCUAGUUCUCUGCCUCAUGAUAAUCCUGGUCCUUUCCGGUGCUGUUGGGUUCAUGCUUGCCACUACUCAACCUCUAACCAGCGUCAAAGUCCUGGCAAUCAAAAACGUUCUGGCCAGUGAGCAGGACAUUAUUUUUGAUAUGAAAGUCCAGGCAAGAAAUCCAAACAUUGUGGCUGUCACAGUCGAUCUCGCCGAUCUAGUUAUAUUUGCCAAAUCAAAAUACGCAGGAACCGAUUCGGAGUGGUGGAGUCAACCAGAUCCUGAUAUCUUUAGGAAAAUGCGACGAGGGAUUCGAAAAAUCGUGACGAAACGUGACGACGAUCCACGUGAUCCUCCGUUGGGCGAGGAUCCAAAUACCAAUCCCAACCUGGAAAUCGGACACGUCUAUGAACUCGACAGCCCGUUGAACUUUGAAGGAUCACCAUUUCAACAGACUCACUCCGAUUCGACUGGUCAGAUUCGGGUUCACCAUCCAGGAAACAACACUCUGCCAGCAGGAAGUGAACGUUGGGGAAGAGUGCUACAACAUGAAUUCGACUUGAUUGUACGAGGCACACUCAAAUACUCCCUUCCAUUGAGCUCGCGGAUCAGAAGCAUCUCCAUCGAGGGGCGUGUUACGGUUAAACCUAAUGCAGCAGAUACAGACCCCGACACCGUGCAUAUUACAUCAAGCCGAUGAAUCGGCAACACCAAGCGUGGUUAAGCGACACCACAUACACGAAAACUCUUUUGACGUUUCUCCUUUGUUCAUGAUCUUUGACUAUUAAAGCUUCCUACUGUGCAUUGAGCGAGCGUUUUUUUUUGUCCUGCGCCGGAGCUGGGGAUUGGGAGAAUAUUAAGAUUUUUCUAAUGUUUUUUCGACACACUACUACAUCAUGCAUGGAUUGGGGUUUUUUUGGGACGAAAAGAAAGAAUUUGGGAUUCUGGCAGGGCGCAAGAUUUUUGAGCGUCUUUUUUGUGUUCCAGGUGUUUAUUAAAAGGGAGAUUGAUUACAUAGGAACUUUUCUCUCUCUCUCUCUCUCUCUCUCUCUCUCCUUCUCUCUCUCUCUCCUUUCACAAGAGUCUUUUUUAGGAUGGACUUGGGAAAGGGGGCUUACAGAAGCCUCUUUUUUUGAAUGGAAAUGGACAAGAGUACUGGGGAAGGAACUCUUCCUUGCCCUGCUCUCUUUAAGAUGAACUUUUUCUUUUGCACCGUCUUCUUUUUUGUCGCUUUUAUGUUUUGCCCUUCUCUUGAUUUUCCUCCUACGGUCGAUUCGAGAGGGGAGGCAUGUGUAUUUUCUGGUGCGAAUUGAUUGAUUUGAAGCGGGUCUGAAAGACGCUUGGACUUAAUGUUGGGACUUGAUGUUGGGAGUACAUUACUUUCUUGGAUGGAGAGAGGUUCCCUGGGGGAGACGAGUGCGACGAUUUUUGUUAUCUUACAUUUUUUUACUCUUUUUCUACUUUUUAUAGAUGGGAGGUGCUUUUUGUUUUUAUGUGGAUGAAGAGGAAUUGUCAGAGCGAUGGGAUGGGAUGGGAUGGGAUGGGAUGGGAUUGCAAGUCGAUCGAUCGAUUGGUCUGCAAAGGCUUCUCUGUUUGUUCUUGUAUGAUUGGAGAGUGAGGUGAGGAGAUGGAU